CAACCUUCGCCAAAAUUCAUUUGCCUUUUCUCUCUUCUUUCUCGUAUUGUUUCCCUUUCUCCUUCUCGCUGUUCAUGCCAUCAUCAUCCGAUCGAAGGGGCCAGCCGACGUUCUCUUUGUGGGACAGUUCUCCAAUAGCGCAAAUCUAACAUUCGAUCCAAAAAAUUUGGUUAACCUUGACGACUUUUCGACUUGAUCUAGCACUGGGGACCUUGGAUCCAUGUUUCAGACUCCGAUCGACCCUUUGGUGGAGCUGACUAAUGUGUGCCUAGAGGACAGAUUCGAUGUUGGCGAUUCUGGAUCUCCGAUGCUCGAUUUGGUGGGCCUCUUUCUCCGACGCAACCGCUGAACUUCUCAUUCCUUGUGCUUCAAAAUCUGGUAGCUUCCUUUCAACCCUAGAUCUAGUCUGCUUAAUGCGAAUUGUGCGAGCCGUGAGGCUUACCAUGGCGAUCCAGCGGAAACUAAAGGCUCCCAUUCUCUCUGCUUUCCUCAAUUUCGCUCUUCCUCCGAGAUCUGAGGCGCAUAGUAAGCUGUCUUCUUCUCUUCCAAAGGUAAAGCUUCAGGCUUUCUUUAUUGAGCGAUUCGUCACUGGGGACCUUGGAUCCAUGUUUCAGACUCCGAUCGACCCUUUGGUGGAGCCGACUAGUGUGUGCCUGGAGGACAGAUUCGAUGUUGGCGGUUCUGGAUCUCCGAUGCUCGAUUUGGCGGGCCUCUUUCUCUGGCGCAACCGCUGAACUUCUCAUUCCUUGUGCUUCAAAAUCUGGUAGCUUCCUUUCAACCCUAGAUCUAGUCUGGUUAAUGUAAUGCGUUUUGAGCAUAAUCCUAGGGUUAUGUAGUGAAACAGUGUGGUGAUAAUUGGUGAAAUUAGGCGAAUUGUGCAAGCCGUGAGGCUUACCAUGGCGAUCCAGCGGAAACUGAAGGCUCCCAUUCUCUCUGCUUUCCUCAAUUUCACUCUUCCUUCGGGAUCUGAGGCGCAUAGUAAGCUGUCUUCUUCUCUUCCAAAGUUGUUAUGAUGCGUGUUCAUCAAUUUGGAAACUUGUGUGGAUUACAUUCUCCAACAUUGCAUUGCUCAACAUUGGUGAUACGAAGAUGAGCAUGAUAUGGAAGUUGAUACUGCUGCCUCUUCACUUCAAGCUUUUGCAAAACAUCCAUUACCGGAGCUGGAAAUCUACUACUACUUGCUUGUCUUGAUAUUGCUAAUUGAUCAAAAGAAGUACAAUGAGGUGAGUGAACAAAUAUUGUUUCAUCAAGGAUCUUUUUCUGUGUCUAUUACAUAAGUAACAUAGCAAUCGUUGUUUUAAGCAAAAGCUUGCACCUCUGCAAGCAUUGUUCGGCUGAAGAACGUGAAUAGGAGGACUGUUGAUGUUCUAGCUGCUAGGCUUUACUUCUACUACUCUCUCAGCUAUGAACUACUUACUGGUGACCUUGUUGAAAUUAGAGGUAACCUUCUUGCCCUGCACCGAAUUGCAACAUAUAUUGCGUCAUGAUGAGCUGGGAUAGGUAAAAGUUUCAACUAUUUAAGCAGUUUAGUCUAUGUUGCUAGGGUGUUUUUUGCAUAUUUGAAUGUUUUUCUGAUGCAGGAAACAUUCUCCCCCAAUUAAAAUUCUUAAAUGAGUGAAGCUCCCAAAUAUGUUAAACCUUGACCUUGAUCAAACUCAUUAUUUGUUUUGUGGGGAAAGGAAGGUUAUGCCCUCUAGGCUAUAUUUAACUAGUUUUGUGAUUUCUCCUAUUUUUCCAUUGAAGAAUUUUGUCAAACUAAAAUUGAAUGAAAUUUUUUAUAUAGAUUGAUAAAUUAGAAUACACAGUUGGUAUGCUA